AUGCGCAGGCAUGCGGCCAUUUUCCAUACAGGGGCAUGCGAUAGAGAAGGGUAGGAGGGAGCAGCGGCAGAGAUAGAGAAUGACGACCGACAGCAAAGGCAACAAAGUCAUUGUCUGCGACAACGGGACGGGGUUCGUGAAGUGUGGCUAUGCUGGCUCCAACUUCCCGUCUCACAUCUUCCCCUCUCUGGUCGGCCGACCCAUCAUUCGCUCUUCCGCCAAAAUCGGCAACAUAGAGAUCAAGGAUCUUCAUGUUGGAGAUGAGGCCAGCCAACUGAGGUCCAUGCUUGAGGUCAAUUACCCCAUGGAGAAUGGAAUUGUCCGCAACUGGGACGACAUGAAGCACAUCUGGGAAUUCACUUUCCAUGAGAAACUAAAGAUUGAUGCCAAGAAGACAAAGGUUCUGCUGACAGAGCCGCCCAUGAACCCCACCAAGAACAGAGAGAAGAUGAUUGAAGUUAUGUUUGAAGAGUACCAGUUUGCAGGAGUGUACAUUGCCAUACAGGCUGUACUAACCCUCUACGCACAAGGUCUGCUGACUGGAAUAGUCAUAGACAGUGGAGACGGAGUAACACACAUUUGUCCUGUGUACGAGGGGUUUUCCCUCCCCCACCUCACUCGCAGGAUGGACGUGGCUGGUCGCGACAUCACCCGCUACCUCAUAAAACUCCUCCUCCUUCGUGGCUAUGCCUUCAACCACUCGGCUGACUUUGAGACCAUCAGAAUGAUGAAGGAACGACUCUGUUACAUUGGCUACAACAUCGAGCAGGAAAAGAGACUGGCCGAAGAUACUACUGUACUGGUGGAGAGCUAUACAGUGAGCAGGGGGUUAAAUUUUCUGUGUUAACCCUGAUUCAGGGGUUUGAAGAAGCAGUGGGCUAGAGAUUAGAGUUGUACUUAACCCUGGUGUAGAGGGUUAAAGUUGUGAUGUGUGUCGUGUAGUUGCCAGAUGGUCGAGUGGUGAAGUUGGGAGGAGAGAGGUUUGAGGCUCCAGAGAUCUUGUUCCAACCACACCUCAUCAACGUGGAGGGAGCCGGCAUGGCCGAGAUGCUCUUCAAUACCAUUCAGGCCGCAGACAUUGACACCCGGCCAGAGUUCUACAAACACAUCGUCCUCUCUGGGGGCUCCACCAUGUACCCGGGCCUCCCCUCCCGACUGGAGAGAGAGAUCAAGCAGCUGUACCUAGAGAGAGUCCUCAAAGGAGACACUGCAAAACUAUCUAAAUUCAAGAUUCGUAUAGAGGACCCGCCCCGACGUAAGCACAUGGUGUUCCUGGGCGGAGCUGUGCUGGCCGACAUCAUGAAGGACAGAGACACCUUCUGGAUGUCCCGAGAGGAGUACCAGGAGAAGGGGCUCAAGGUCCUAGAGAAACUGGGCGUGUCUGUGAAAUAGACUCCGCCCACUGGCGCGGACUGUAGCGGUGUGGCUGUAUAUUGUACUGUUAGUAGAUUUUGGUGGGUGAGUCGAGUCACAUGACUGCUCACUGCCUAUAUUAUUUGAUAUUAUAACUUCUUAUGUCAGGUCAUUUCGGUUUUUGUCUGCCAAAUUUAGUAAAUUUUAUUCCACAAACUGUUUUCCUGC